AUGUCGGAGUUGCUGGCAAUCCCCUUUAAAAGAUCUCUACAAAUAGAUCUAAACUCAGAAUUAUCGAAACUUAUUGAUUUCACCACAUAUCAAACAUCUAGUUUUUUCCAAAAUGAUCUACAACUUAUCUCGAAUAAUAGAAACCUUAUACUCAACCCAGAUCUAUCAAUAGAAUCAUUGAACCUUUUGAAAACUUACUAUCAGCAAAUUUGUCAAUUAGAAAGAAAAUUCCCCUCAAAUCAAAUUGAGUUCUCAUGGUUUCAAACGUUAUCAUUGAAAUCAACUGGUUCAUCAUAUAAGUCUUUCCAAUGGGAAAAAUUAAAUAUCCUAUACAAUAUAGGCGCACUGUAUUCUUUCCUCGCCAUAGAUACUACUGCAACAACUGGUGAUGAUGAAUCAUUGAAAUUGAAAUGUAAUUAUUUCCAAUCAAGUGCCACUGUAUUCGAUUAUUUAUUUUCACUUCAUGAAUCAAACCCCACUACUGAGGAAUAUAAAUUAAUGGAUAAGCAUACUAUACAUGCGUUAAAAUAUUUGAUGCUAGCUCAAGCUCAAGAAUGUUUCUGGUUUAAAGCGACUUUAAGUAAUAAUUACAAAGAUUCGUUAAUAUCGAGAUUAUCUUCCCAAAUUGUAGUUUAUUAUAAAUCGGCAUUGAAAUGGAGCAAACUAAGCUCGUUGAUUAGGAAAGAUUGGUGUGAUCAUAUUGAAUCUAAAAUCCAUUACUUCAAUGCAGUUACUUUAUAUAGACGAGCAUUGACCUUCGGUUCAGAAAAGGAAUAUGGGUCCAUGAUAAGAGCAUUGUUAUCUAGUCAAUCGGAAAUCAAAUCAUGUAAAUUGGAUUCGAGGGCCUCAUUCCAGAGGAAAAUAGAACAAGAAUUGAAAGAUAUGGAGAGAGAUAACGACUUCAUACAUUUACAACUUGUUCCUGACACUAUACCUACGACCAUUAAACCUGCAGAUAUGGUAAAAGUAUUCCCAAUCGAGGAAGUCAUACCGAUGGCUCCAUCUACUACCACAACUACUCUUUUUAAUGAUUUAAUACCAAUAACCGUUAUGGAAUCAUCAGAGGCAUACAAUGAAAGACAAAAUACAUAUAUCAUAGAGAAUGUUAUAAAUCCAUUAUUAGCAUUAAACAAGAUCUUAAAGGACUCUGUAAAAACAAAACUAACAGAUAUAGAUACUCCCAUUGGUUUGAAAAAUGUAUCACAUGAAGAAUUAUUUGAAAUCGAAUCUUCAUUCACAGAUCUUGAAACAAACAACCCUUCUAUCGAAUCUUAUUUGACAAAUAUACGACAGCUGUUACAGAGUGAGUCACAUCUAGAUGAUCAAUAUAGGUCAAAGCAUGGAACUUUACAUUGGACCCUACCUGAAUCAAAAGUUGUAAACUCUUCUUUUUUCGAGAAAUUAGAUAUCUUACAAAAAUAUUUAAACGACGCAAAAUUAACUGAUAAGAAUAAUAGAGAAUUAUUUGGUACGAUAGACGUAAAUUUGCUUACAUCUCCCAUCAAGUUGCCUCCGAGUAAUAAUCCCAUACUAAUUCGGGCCCAACAAUUGAUAAAUGAAAGAGAAAGUCGUAUUACCGAAAUUAAAUUGAAAUCAGAUAAUCAUAAAGUACUCCCGAAAAUCAUUUCAGAAUAUAAGAAAAAUGGUGAGCAUAAUUUGGAAUCAGUUUUUAUGGAUCAUUUAAAAUAUUUCCACGAUGAUUUGAAGUUUGUGCAAGAAGAGAAAAGGAGAAAUUCAGAAUUGAUACAAGAUAUUGAAGAUGAGAACGAAAAGAAAAACGAAAAAGAAUCACAGAGUCAAACUAGAAUGGAACGAUUAGAUCCAAGAAAACUUUACAUUGAAGAUCUUCAGCACUCUUCAAAUUUAUUGAAUGAAUUGAAACAAAAUAUAAUCGAAGGUGCUAAAUUUUAUGUAGAUUUAGCAAAAUCAACUAACCAACUAUUACAUGCUACCCAACAGUUUGUUUCUAACAGAAAGGAAGAGGCGGAAGCAUUGGACAAUAAAUUGAUGACUGUUUAA